AUGACUACCACCAAACAAUCCAAAAGGACCAUGGCGCGUUGCACUGUCGCACUCUUUCUCCUUGCUUGCCACCAGACCUAUGUCUUUCGGAACACAGCCUCGUCCACAGUGACACGAGCUCUGGCCACAGAUCAUACAAGACGAGACAACAAACACAAUGCCACUACUACUCAUAAUGUGCAGCAGCCAACGGAACCACCCGCUUCUUGGACAGGACGAGUUCUAGGUCCAUCCUCAACUUCCACCAGCACUAAACAGCAAGAGGAUGAAGACGACGGUGGCAUUGCUCGAGGUAUUCUCUCUCAUAAACCUCAGUCCUUCUUCCAGGCCUUUCAAGAUAAGAUUGACCACGCCAACUUGGAAGAACGCUGUCAGCGAUAUGGCUUUUCCAUGCAUCCACCCUCCACAACUCAAAAGCACAACCAAAGUUACAAUCACAACCAUACCAACGUCACUCAACCAGCAGCUCAACGAAGAAUCUUUUAUGGCAGUCUCAUUGCCGAUGAAAACUGGGAACUACUAGAUAUCGUAGCCACCGAAGCCUAUCAGGUCUUUGCUGGAGUCGUCUUUGUGGAAUCCAAUCGCACACAAACAUUCACACAAAGACCCUUUCUACGAGACCAUGCUCAUGCCGACAAGUUAAAGGCGCUCUUUGGAACAUCCCAGUUACAGAUUCGCCAAUACGUCAAUGAAGAUUCCAAAUUGCUGCAUUUGGAACGAGAGCACGCCCAACGACAAGAAAUUCUCCACGGAUGGAAAGAAAUGGGCAUGACACCCAACGAUAUUGGAUACUUGGGAGAUGUCGACGAGACGUUUAGUCGAGACUUUUUGCGCGCAGUGCAACAGUGUCCGUACGUCAAACCAUUGGACUACAAGAGCCAUCAUUGCGACAAUCGACAGACCAAAAUGAGUGGAUUCACCCGUGUCUUUGAAACAUCGCCCGAGUGCGUCGUCAAGGAUCGAGCUUGGUUUCAUCCCGACAUGGUCAUUGGUGCCUGCAUUGAGGGGAUUGGCAAUGAGACGCGCAAUCCCAUUGCCCCCCGGGUCAAUGGCUACUGGCGGGCUCUGGGAUACGCUAGUGGUUGCAACCAAGAGGAUUUUGACGACAGGGUCCUCCAGGGCGAUCGAUUUCCCUUGUACAACGCCGCGGACUUUCGCAUGACAUGUGGGGGACGCAUGUAUGAAAUGAACGCUCCUAAUCACACACGCUACUCGGCGUUUCACUUGCACAAUUUCUUUGCCGACUUUGAAGUGACACGAAACAAGUAUUUGACGUUUGGACAUCCUCGUGCCGACGCCAUGACGGCUCCACUAGAGGAUCUGCACACGGCUGAUUUGAGACUCAUGGUCCGGUGUGUCCGAAACCAAACGGAUGCCCCCGAUGACGACCAAAAAGAGGACCACCAAAUGUUUGCACGGGAACUAGGAGGUGUGGAGGGAGUGCUACCGCCGUUUCCCAUUUACUUUAUGGACAAGGACUAUCGAGAUCGUAAGCACCGGGCCAUCCAAGCUCAGGUGGAACAAGACGAACAAAGACGACGGGAGAGACUGAACCUGAGCCAAUUGGAGAGAAAGAUCGAGGAUGUAUCGCAUCAAUUCAAAGAGGCUCGGAGGUUCAUGUGGAGCAAAGAGGCCGAGAUGGGGAACCUUCGGAAACGAUUGCGGGAGUCCGAAAAGCCCAAAGACAAGAAAUAA